CGCGCCCCCCACGCUGCUAUUCGCGGGUGAGACGACACCGGCAUGAGUCUGUCACUCCACCAUUUGCCCGAAGAGAUCCUUUACCAUAUCCUCUCCUACUGCCCUCCGACCACCUGCGCGGCUCUGAACGGCACCGCCUCGCACUUCCACGGCGUCUCCAACGAGCCGCGACUAUGGCGCCUCUACUGCCAGCGGUCGUUUCAUCAUUGGGAUCCCCGGCAUGAUCUCCCGUCCAAGCUCGCCGGUCCGGUCGCCGCAGUGGAGUGGAAGGAUUUGUAUGUCGCGCGACACCGGGUGGACCGGACCACCCGGCACCUACUGGACGGGAUCCUGGCGGAGCAGACGGGUCGGAUGGAGAAAUUCCGGGCGCUGGUCGAGUUGGGAUGCGAUGUGAAAGAUACCCUUCUACGGAAUUGUGCCCUAGACGCCCGACAUGAUGACGUUCUGGCGCGAACAUACUAUGCGCGUGCGCUGCUGAAUGCCCUCCAUCGGAACAUGGCGGUUCCCCAAUGGACGCGACUUCGCAGAGGAGAGCCCGUGUCCCUGGAGCAGGCCCUGGGAACGUUUGAUCUGUUUCUUCCGGAGAGCACAUUUGGAGGCCUAGAAGAAAUCAGCGCCCGACUGGAUGAGAUGGCCGGCCAGAUCUCCCGUGCCGACCCGGAACUCGACAGCCGAACCUUGCGAGACAAGGCGAAAGCUGUUCUCGCCUACCUGCGGGGGAACGGUUUGACGGGCAUGGAUGGCCGCCGGGAAUAUCACAGCAUUGAUCAUAACUUCCUAGGACUGGCAUUACAGGAUCCCGGCCAUAACUCCCUACCCCUCAUUUCCGCCGUCCUAUAUUGCGCCGUGGCGCGACGCCUCGGCCUGGAUGCCCGCCCGUGUGGGAUCCCGUUCCAUGUUUACGUGACCGUAGUGCCCGCCGCGGGCUACGACAUAGACGACAAUGUGCUAGAACCCGGGACGGUCGCAGCCGCCCUGUACCUGGAUCCCUUCCGAUCUCCACGGGAAACGCCCGUGGCCGACCUACACAGCCAAUUGACUCUUCUGGGGGCCUCCCCGGCGCAACAACGCAUUUUCCUGAACGGGUCUCGAACUGCAGAGAUCGUCCUGCGGUGCAGCCAGAGCAUCUCGGACUCGGUGAACCUCCAAGUGCAGCUCCCGGGCGUGCAUCUAUCCGCUCCUGUGGACCUGAACAGUGCGCGCUACGCGGCGCUGUGGGCGUCGAUUCUCUUGCUCCCUGCUUCCCGGUCCCGAGAGCGCCGGGACCAAUUGCCGUGGUUCCUCGAGCUGUUUGCCACGGAAUUUCCGUGUGACCUGUACCUUGUCGAGCGACAUCUCGCCCCGCUGUUCGCAGGGACCAUCGAGCACGAGCAGAUCCUGCGGUGUCUGCAUGUGAUCCGGGCCGUCGAUGAGAUCCCCAGGCCGGUGAAACGACGGACGGCGGAACACAGCCAUAUCGAAUACCGAGUCGGUGAGGUGUUUCGCCACCGGCGGUACGGGUAUACGGGGAUCAUCACGGGGUGGGACACGGAGUGCGAUGCGGGAGAGCGGUGGAUGCGACGCAUGGGGGUAGAUCGCCUGGCGGGAGGACGGCACCAGAGUUUCUAUCACGUUUUGGUGGAAGACAAAAGUGUGCGGUACGUGGCGGGGGAGAAUAUUACGCGCAUCCAGCCGCAUGAGUCCGACCUCCCACGGACCCUGGUCGCGAUCGCGGGCAAACAUUUCAAACGAUGGGAUGACGAUCGCUGCGUCUUCAUCAGUAACAUCACCGACGAGUAUCCGGACGAUUAGACGGCUCCGCUGGUUUCGGCUUCAUCGAUCCAUCCGCUCUAGGAGGCGCCGCACCCGGACGGCCCAACCUCCCCGCAUCAGCUCCUCCCCUGCGGCUCGAUAUGGCGUCCUGCAUCGUCGUUCGCCUUCUCCCACGCCGACGGGCUGACCGCGACCGCCGACACGAGAGUGGGAUGCUGAACACCCUCGCCACAGGGCGUUACAUACCGCGCAAUCGAGCAGAGACUGGCAGGGCAAUCGCGCCUGAGUCGUGGGGAUGAUCACGACAUAGUAUGUCUCGUAGUCGGCCGACCGUUCCUCUGCUCUAUCGGCCACGGACUUACGGCAGUCCAAACCUUUUCACUGCCGCUAGAAAAGAAAUUAGUAUUAGACCACCUCUGUCAUUGGGCCGGCAAUCGAUCACUUUUCC